UGAAGAAGAUUUACACGCUGACCAAAGCGUUCCAUGAUAUCAUACAUGUAUAGAGAGAGAAACUAGAGAGAGAGAGAGAGAGAGAGAGAGCGAGCGAGCAAUGCUGAGAACGAUUGGGUGAGAUUGAAGGGGUUAAUCCAUAGGGAAGCGAUAAUUAAGGUAUAGAAGUGGCGUGUACAUGUUGAUGGAUGUAAAUGGGGAGUGGAACAUUCGUGGAUGGUGUUCGUCGCUGGUUUCAACGUCGUCCUUCUUCGCCACAACCAAACAACACUCAAAACCUCAAUAAUAGCCAACCGUUGGUCUCCGGAUUUCAAGGAGAGGACCACCUCAACGUUGUUGAAGACUUUGAUUUCUCUGGCUUGAAGAUCAUCAAAGUCCCCAAACGCAUCAAUUUUCAUCCCACCUCUAUGGAUCCUCAGAAAAAGACCACUCUGGAUACAGAAUUCUUCACAGAGUAUGGGGAGGCGAGCAGGUACCAAGUUCAGGAAGUUGUUGGCAAAGGGAGUUAUGGAAUUGUUGGUUCCGCCACUGAUACCCACACUGGGGAGAGGGUUGCAAUCAAGAAGAUCAAUGAUGUCUUUGAUCAUGUCUCUGAUGCCACAAGGAUCCUCAGAGAAAUCAAGCUCCUUCGACUGCUCCGUCAUCCGGAUAUUGUAGAAAUAAAGCAUAUCAUGCUUCCUCCUUCUCGAAGAGAAUUUAAAGACAUAUAUGUUGUAUUUGAGUUGAUGGAAUCUGAUCUUCAUCAAGUGAUUAAGGCGAAUGAUGAUCUUACUCCUGAACAUUAUCAGUUUUUCUUGUAUCAGCUUCUUCGUGGCCUAAAAUUUAUACAUACUGCAAAUGUGUUUCAUCGAGAUUUAAAACCAAAAAAUAUACUUGCUAAUGCGGAUUGCAAGUUGAAGAUUUGCGAUUUUGGGCUUGCUCGUGUAUCCUUUAAUGAAGCUCCAUCAGCUAUUUUCUGGACUGACUAUGUUGCUACUCGAUGGUAUCGUGCUCCUGAACUCUGUGGUUCUUUUUUCUCCAAAUAUACGCCUGCAAUUGAUGUAUGGAGCAUUGGAUGCAUUUUUGCAGAAAUGCUUACAGGAAAACCAUUGUUUCCUGGGAAAAAUGUGGUGCACCAGUUAGAUCUCAUGACUGAUUUCCUUGGAACUCCUGCUCCAGAAUCCAUUGCUAGGAUUAGGAAUGAAAAAGCAAGAAGAUAUCUAAGUAGCAUGCGUAAAAAAUCCCCAGUUCCAUUUUCACAGAAGUUCCCCAAUGCAGAUCCAUUAGCUCUUCGCCUUCUGGAACGCUUGAUAGCAUUUGAUCCUAAAGAUCGACCAUCUGCUGAAGACGCAUUAACGGAUCCUUACUUUACUGGUUUGGCAAAUGCGGACCGUGAACCAGCAUCUGCUCAACCCAUAUCAAAACUAGAGUUUGAAUUUGAAAGGAGAAAACUAACAAAAGAUGAUGUUAGAGAGUUGAUUUAUCGAGAGAUUUUAGAAUAUCAUCCCCAGAUGCUCCAGGAGUAUCUUCGUGGUGGAGAUCAGACUAGCUUCAUGUACCCAAGUGGUAUUGAUCGAUUUAAGCGACAGUUUGCCCAUCUUGAGGAGCAUUAUGGUAAAGGUGAAAAGAGUACUCCACUUCAAAGGCAGCAUGCUUCAUUGCCUAGAGAACGGGUUUGUGGGCAGAAGGAUGAAACGAUUUCCCAAAAUGAUGAUCUUGAGAAGCGAACUGCGGCAUCUGUUGCUACAACUAUUCAGAGUUCUCCCAAAGAAUCCGAGGAAUCAGAAAAUGCAAAUACAAAUGCACAAAGUGGACUAAACAAGCCGAACUACAGUGCUCGUACCCUAUUAAAGAGUGCUAGUAUUAGUGGUUCCAAGUGUGUAGUUGUCCAAGCAAAAAAAGAUUCAAAGGAAGAACCAAUUGCUGAGCAUGAGGAGGUUGAUGAGUUGACACAAAAGUUAGCAGCCAUCAAUUCGUGAUUUUAUACUUUGCUCUAAUAUCUCAAAUUGCUUCAGAUAUGGCUUCAUUUGGUGCCCUGCUCCAAUUUUCCCACAUUACCAGAGUUUUAAUGAGGACCUACAUCAAAUUUCUUCUCUUUGUUUUUCAGGUAGAAAAAAGCUAACAACAUAGGACUCUUGUUAUUGUUCCCAUUUGUUUGUUUAAUUGCAAUACUAGGAAGAACAGAUACUUCCCACUUAUCUAUCUCCAUAUGUGGCUCGGAGAUGUAGGAAUUAUUGUAAUUUUGUUUCAUGACAAUGAAAUUGAUGAACAAAUUGAUAUGACAAAAACAGAAUGAUGAUUGUAUACAUGAUUGAGGUAAGAUUUGUUAGAAUUCUUGUUUGGCACCCA